AGACUGAGUCAGUUUGUCAGGAGAACUCAGGAACAUGGCUUCAUCCUUCCUCUGCCUCAGCCUCCUCUUCAUCAGCUUCAGCACAGCAGAUGGAUUCAAAAUGUUUGUGGUGUCUCGCUGUGACUUUAACUCCACUGAGCUGAAGGACAUCGAGUACAUGAGAUCUUACUAUUACAACAAGAUCGAGGUCACCAGGUUUGACAGCAAUGUGGGAGAGUAUGUUGGAUACACUGACUUUGGAGUGAAGCAGGCAAAGCACUUUAACAGUAUUCCAGGACAGCUGGCUACAUUGAGAGCUCAGAAGGAGACGUACUGCCAUAACAACAUUGGUGUCUGGUACAGCAACCCUCUGUCUAAAUCAGUUAAGCCGUAUGUCAAACUUCACUCCAUGACACCUGCUUCCAGUCACCAUCCUGCCAUGUUGGUCUGCAGUGUCUAUGACUUCUAUCCCAGUAAGAUCAAAGUGAGCUGGCUGAGAGAUGGACAGGAAGUCACCUCUGAUGUCACUUCCACUGAGGAGAUGGCAGAUGGUGAUUGGUACUACCAGACCCAUUCACAACUGGAGUACACACCCAGGUCUGGGGAGAAGAUCUCCUGUAAGGUGGAGCACGCCAGCCUGGAGAAACCUCUGAUCACUGACUGGGAUCCCUCCUCGUCCAUGCCUGAGUCAGAGAGGAACAAGCUCGCCAUCGGAGCCUCAGGACUGAUCCUGGGUCUGAUCUUAUCUCUGGCUGGAUUCAUCUACUACAGGAGGAAGGCCCGAGGUCAGAGCAGGACUCUCACUCACAGACCAGUUCAUACCUGAAACCAG